CGGCAUGCUAGCAAGACAAGUGUUGUCCGUCCCAGUAUCAACCGUAGCAGUUGAACGAGAAUUCAGUGCUGGCGGCAACAUUCUAACCGACUACCGAAGUUGUCUUAACGCUGAAUCUCUUGAAACACUGGUUUGCAACCAAGAUUGGCUCUUGGCAAGACGUCGGGCUCAAGAGUCAUCGUACCAACUCGAAUCGGAGCAUUACAUGAAUGCAACCACAGAUGGAAGUCCGAGUUCUGAAGAAUAAGUUAUAAAUUUUUUUUAUGUUAAUGUAAAUAUGUAAUUAAUUUUUUUAGGUGAGCGAUAUAUAAGCUCCUUCGAGGGUUUCUUUACGGUUCUUUAUCUCGUCGCUUUUUUUGAACCGUCAGGAUAUUAAAUGUGGUUGUUCUUG